CGACCGUUUAAAAGUCAUUCGUCUCCUCCUUCUCCCUCUGCCUGGGUCUCUCAAUGGGGCGACGGAAGCUAAGAACUCUCUUGCGAAUAUUCAGGGACAGAAUUUCCCUAAUCAGAGCCUCCCUCUCCCUCAACCGCGCGGCCUCCACCGUCCACGUCGCCGUCCUCCGCGCCACCUCAGUCUCCACCUCCUCCUCCGCCCCCUCCGACCGUCGCCUCUCCGCCGUCCUCCGCUACGGCCACGGCUCUCGUAUAACGGCCCGCUUCUGCGUGGCCACCCUCAUGGACCGCCUCCACUCCACCACCGACGCCACCGUCGCCCUCAGAUCCCUCAUCACCAUCCACGCCCUCAUCUCCCGCUCCUCCUCUUUCAUCCUCCGCGACGAGCUCUCCUUCUUCCCGUCCUCUGGCGGCAGGAACCACCUCAACCUCUCGUCCUUCCGCGACGACUCCGACGCCGAGACCUGGGAGCUCUCCUCCUGGGUCCGCUGGUACGCCGAAUUCCUCGAUCAAACGCUCAUCGCCUCCCGAACCCUCGGAUACUUCCUAAUCUCUCCGCAGCAGGGCUCCGAUGGAGCCGGAGAAGAGAAAGUCGAGAAGGUCGCAGCGUUGCUGAAUCCGGACUUGCUCCGGGAAAUCGACGUCCUCGUCAGCUUCAUCGAGCUGGUUUCCAAUUCGCCGGAAUCUGUCGAUCUACAGAGGAACAAUCUUAUCUACGAGGUGGUGAGAUUGGUCUGCGACGAUUACGGCAUCGUAAGAGGUGAGACGUUCCUCCGCCUCGUCGAACUCGGAGACCGGCUGGACGGCCUGACGCACUCCGAGGUGACCGAGUUAUUGGGCGAGUUGGACCGAAUCGAGCGUUGCAAGGAGAAGCUGUUCCGGCUGUUUGGGAACAAAAAGAACGGCGACGGGCUCUGGGAUACCGUAACCCAGAUGAAGAUGAAGGGCUUGGCAUUGAAGGAGAGGAUGGAAGGUUGGAAGCUGGUAAGGAAGGAGAAUAGAAACUCGGGCGAGCAGACUCAGUUCCGGAAACCAUUCGUCGGGCUUUUGGAUUCAGUCCCACUAGCCGUUUCAACGGUCGGCUGAACCGGAAUUGCAAGUAAGCAUAGCAUUCAAGGAAUGAUCGAGUCGAGAUUUGUUCUUUCUUGUCAACACGGACCGGCCGAUUUACGCAUUAGUCUCAACUAAUAAGCAGUGAGAUCGUGAAUUCAUCGGAAAAAUUCUUUCGUCGUCUGCAAUAAUCUCAUUUUUUGGUUGAAGUAUAUGUUUGGUUGGAUUCACUGAUUAUUCGUAAGAGUUGUAUAGAUAUCGUUCAUUAUAGGAGUCAAUUUUUGGACAAAAUCAAUGAGAUUAGAUGAGAAAUUUCUGUACGUACUGCUUUGUUCUUUGGACAAUUACUUAAUUGCAUUUUCUUUCC